CUGGCACGCUUGCGCGGCGAGUAGAACGUGUGGCGGCGGCGGCAGCGGCGGCGGUGAUCGCGUCUCCUCUUUCGCUCCUACUCCCGCUGCAGCUCUCUUUUGAGCGCCCGGCGCGUCCGUCCCGUCCAUCGCCCGCAGCCCGUCGCCCGUCCGCUCGCUCCUCGCCGCGGCGGCCUCUCACCAACACCGACACCCACAUUGACACCUCCUCCUAGCCGGCCGGCCGUCUUGCCCACUGCCUUUCUCUCUCCACAUGGCCUCCACGCAGAGCGGCGGCUCCUCCGGGGGACCCGCGGUGCCCACCGUGCAGCGGGGCAUCGUCAAGAUGGUCCUCUCUGGAUGUGCCAUCAUUGUCCGAGGCCAGCCUCGUGGCGGGCCCCCUCCCGAAAGGCAGAUCAACCUCAGCAACAUUCGAGCUGGCAACCUGGCCCGCCGUGCUGCAGUGGCACAGCCUGAUGCCAAGGAUACACCGGAUGAGCCCUGGGCAUUCCCUGCUCGAGAGUUUCUCCGAAAGAAGCUGAUUGGGAAGGAGGUCUGCUUCACGAUAGAGAACAAGACCCCCCAGGGGCGAGAGUACGGCAUGAUCUACCUUGGAAAAGAUACCAAUGGGGAAAACAUCGCCGAGUCUCUGGUUGCAGAAGGCCUGGCCGCCCGGAGAGAAGGGAUGCGGGCGAACAAUCCUGAGCAAAACCGGCUUUCAGAAUGUGAGGAGCAAGCGAAGGCAGCCAAGAAAGGCAUGUGGAGUGAGGGGUCCGGCGCGCACACCAUCCGGGACCUCAAGUACACCAUUGAGAACCCCAGGCACUUUGUGGACUCUCACCACCAGAAGCCUGUCAAUGCCAUCAUCGAGCACGUGCGGGACGGCAGUGUGGUCAGGGCCCUGCUCCUUCCAGAUAACUACCUGGUUACCGUCAUGCUGUCCGGGAUCAAGUGCCCGACUUUCCGACGGGAAGCUGAUGGCAGUGAAACACCAGAGCCCUUUGCGGCAGAAGCCAAAUUUUUCACGGAGUCUCGACUGCUACAGAGAGAUGUUCAGAUCAUCUUGGAGAGCUGCCACAACCAGAACAUUCUGGGUACCAUCCUUCAUCCAAAUGGCAACAUCACCGAGCUCCUCCUCAAGGAAGGUUUCGCGCGCUGCGUGGAUUGGUCGAUCGCGGUGUAUACUCGGGGCGCAGAGAAGCUGAGGGCGGCUGAGAGGUUUGCCAAGGAGCGCAGGCUGCGAAUCUGGAGAGACUAUGUGCCUCCCACUGCUAACUUGGACCAGAAGGACAAGCAGUUUGUUGCCAAGGUGAUGCAAGUGCUGAAUGCCGAUGCCAUUGUCGUGAAGCUGAACUCUGGCGACUACAAGACCAUCCACCUGUCAAGUAUCCGACCACCGAGGCUGGAGGGCGAGAACACCCAGGAUAAGAACAAGAAGCUCCGUCCUCUGUAUGACAUUCCCUACAUGUUUGAAGCCCGGGAAUUUCUUCGAAAGAAGCUGAUCGGGAAAAAGGUCAACGUGACUGUGGACUACAUUAGACCAGCCAGCCCUGCUACCGAGACCGUGCCUGCCUUCUCAGAGCGGACCUGUGCCACCGUGACCAUUGGAGGCAUAAACAUCGCUGAGGCUCUGGUGAGCAAAGGUUUGGCCACAGUGAUCCGCUACCGGCAGGACGACGAUCAGCGGUCCUCCCACUACGAUGAGCUGCUUGCUGCUGAGGCCAGAGCCAUUAAGAAUGGCAAGGGAUUGCAUAGCAAGAAGGAAGUGCCUAUCCACCGCGUGGCGGACAUCUCCGGGGAUACUCAAAAAGCAAAGCAGUUCCUGCCGUUCCUCCAGCGGGCAGGCCGCUCCGAGGCCGUGGUAGAGUACGUCUUCAGUGGUUCUCGCCUCAAACUGUACUUGCCAAAGGAAACUUGCCUUAUCACCUUCUUGCUUGCAGGCAUUGAAUGUCCCCGAGGCGCCCGGAACCUCCCCGGCCUGGUGCAGGAGGGUGAGCCUUUCAGUGAGGAAGCGAUGCUUUUCACCAAGGAGCUGGUGCUGCAGCGCGAGGUGGAGGUGGAGGUGGAGAGCAUGGACAAGGCAGGCAACUUCAUCGGCUGGCUGCACAUGGACGGCGCCAACCUGUCGGUGCUGCUGGUGGAGCAGGCGCUGUCCAAGGUCCACUUCACCGCCGAGCGCAGCUCCUACUACAAGUCCCUGCUGUCCGCCGAGGAGGCCGCCAAGCAGAAGAAGGAGAAGAUCUGGGCCCACUACGAGGAGCAGCCCGUGGAGGACCUGGUGCCGGUGCUGGAGGAGAAGGAGCGCUCAGCCAGCUACAAGCCCGUGUUCGUGACCGAGAUCACCGACGACCUCCAUUUCUACGUGCAGGACGUGGAGACGGGCACCCAGCUGGAGAAGCUGAUGGAGAACAUGCGCACCGACAUCGCCAGCCACCCCCCUGUCGAGGGCUCCUACGCCCCCCGCCGGGGCGAGUUCUGCAUCGCCAAAUUUGUGGAUGGAGAAUGGUACCGCGCCAGAGUGGAGAAGGUGGAGUCCCCCGCCAAAGUGCAUGUCUUCUACAUCGACUACGGCAACAGAGAGAUCCUGCCGUCCACCCGCCUGGGCACCCUGCCCCCUGCCUUCAGCACGCGGGUGCUGCCCGCACAAGCCACGGAGUACGCCUUCGCCUUCAUCCAGGUGCCCCAGGAUGAGGACGCCCGGACGGACGCCGUGGACAGUGUGGUACGGGACAUCCAGAACACGCAGUGCCUGCUCAACGUGGAGCACCUCACCGCCGGCUGCCCCCACGUCACCCUCCAGUUCGCCGACUCCAAGGGCGACGUGGGGCUGGGCCUGGUGAAGGAGGGCCUGGUCAUGGUGGAGGUGCGCAAGGAGAAGCAGUUCCAGAAGGUGAUCACAGAGUACCUGAACGCCCAAGAGUCGGCUAAGAGUGCCCGGCUGAACCUGUGGCGCUACGGAGACUUCCGGGCCGACGACGCCGACGAGUUUGGCUACAGCCGCUAAGGGGAGGGCGAGUCUCGGGGCUGGAGGGGGGAUUGUCCCUCACUCCGGCCCCUCCUCCCCAGGGUGGGGGGGCUCCCCUGCUCGAGACCCCGGGAAGGGGUGGAGAUGGGGUUCGGCUUUGCUUCAGUGUGUGGAAAUGUCUUGCGGGGCAGCAUCAUCAGAGGGGGGAGCCCAAGGAUCUGGGGGCGCGGGCCGCUGUCUUCCUGGAUGAUGAGCAUCUGAUUUUUUGUGUGUUUUUAUUCAGGGGACGGGGGUGUGGUGUUUUUAUUGGUUUUUUUGUUUUGUUUUGUUUUUAAUUCUCCUCAAAUCAGGAAGAACCAUGAGAGACUUUGUCCUACCUGAGGGUGUGGCCCUGGCGCCCACUUUGCCCCCCCUCCAGGUCUGCCCUUGCGUCCGUCUGUCCGUCCGUGCAUCCACCUGUGUCCUGCGCGCCCCUCACCCCUCUGUAUUUAAAGCUUUGCCGGCCCAAUAAAAAUAGUCCGUGCUGUCUCCA